GAGAGGUGUGCAAAACUACAUGAAUAUACACAGUUAAGUUCGUAUCGUGUGCAAAAUAAGCACAUAGGCAAAUUUCCACCACUAUCUGCAACGGUUUGGUGCAGUUCACACCUGAAAUCAGGCAGGUUUCCUUUAGUCGUCGUUUCAAGAAAAGAGAUAAACAACAAUCAUGCCUUUCGUACCAAAGGAAAUGGCUAAGUGUCCAAAAUGCGACAAGUCUGUUUAUGCGGCAGAGGAGAGACUUGCCGGAGGUUUCAAGUGGCAUAAAGUGUGCUUCAAAUGCGAUACUUGCAACAAGGCCCUCGACAGCACAAAUGCCAACUGCCAUGAGGCUCAUCUCUACUGCAGGUCAUGCCACGGCAAACAGUUUGGACCCAAGGGAUACGGUUUCGGCGGUGGCGCAGGCGCUCUGAGCACAGAGACAGGUGCCCAGUUUGGAGUUAAAACAGGCGAAAUGAGCAAUAAACCAACUCAAGCAGUUGUUGGAAGUACAGGCACGGGGCCCAAAUGCCCACGUUGUGGCAAAUCUGUCUACGAUGCCGAGAGAGCCAUCGGUGUCAACAUCCCAUGGCACAAGUCCUGUUUCCGCUGCCAAGACUGCAAGAAAGCCGUGGACUCUACCACAAUGGCCAUGCACGAGAUGGACCUCUUUUGUAAAGGAUGCUACGGAAAGCGUCAUGGUCCGAAGGGUUUCGGAUUCGGAGGGGGCGCCGGUGCCCUGAGCAUGGGUCAGUAACUUGGCAGUGGAGGCGACAUAAGGGAGCUUCUAUCUCCAUGCUGCAGACAGUGCGAUUUCCCAUCGGGAAUACAGUCCUCUCAGACCUGUCACCUGAUCAUCGGAAACAGUUCGAUUCCACCAUUGUGCUUUUCUACAUGUUUCAAAUGAGACUCAUUAUUGUUGGAGAUAUUCAAAUCAAAUCAUGGCAGCGUUUUGGGACUCGGUAAGGAACACCAGACAGUCUUUUAAGGCAGUAGAUAUCGGCAUAAGAUCAGACGUUGACAUAUAACAAAAAUGCUAUUUUAAUCGGAGGACGGAUGAAGUUUCAAUAAUGCUAUUCUCUCCGUCACAUACCGUUCCUAAUUAUUCACUAAUUAUUAGACUGGUCAGAGAAUUAUUCCAUUGAUACAACCCACGACCUGCCACACUGUUGACCACCCGUGCCAGACUAGCCUCCUGAUUCGCAAAACUGUUAUAGAUUAAUCUUAUGGUCCUGGUAAGGAAAUCCGAUUCCAUUCUGACCCUUUUAUGUAGUUCAACAAUGUUCGGCUACCUUAGCAAUCUUCAUGCGUGUACAUAUUGCCGUUUAUUAAACUGUUUAAAGUA